ACCGGAUGUGCGCUUCUUCCCGCUGCUUGUUUGACGCUGCUCGUCUGUUCAGACAGAUUUUCUUUGACGCCUUUAGUUCCGUCGAACCGCCGUCGCGGAGAGAAAUGUCUCCAGAUUUCCGCGCUGAAGCGACACCGAGGACGCGGAGCGAAAGGCAGCAUCAGUAGCUCCAGACUCGCUGAGGCUCCGACGUGUUUCCCCGCUGCCGUGGCUUCCGUGCGGCACACAUACCAUGUCUUUCCUGGUGAAGAAGAAGAAGUUUAAGUUCCAGACCCAGCUGACUCUGGAGGAGCUGUCUGCCGUUCCUUUCGUCAAUGGAGUUUUGUUUUGCAAGCUGCGGCUGCUGGACGGAGACUUCGUCGCUACAUCCUCCAGGGAGGAGGUUCAAGAAAACUGCGUCCGCUGGAGGAAGAGGUUCACUUUUGUGUCCAAGAUGAGUGCGAACCCUCACACUGGUGUGCUGGACCCUUCCGUCUGCAGGGUGUCUGUCAGGAAGGAACUCAAAGGAGGAAAAGCCUAUACCAAGCUGGGCUUCACAGACUUGAACAUGGCAGAGUUCGCUGGCUCCGGGUCCACGGUUCGCUGCUGCCUGCUGGAGGGCUACGACACCAAGAACACGCGGCAGGACAACUCCAUCCUCAAGGUGAUCAUCGGGAUGACCCUCCUGUCGGGAGACCCCUGCUUCAAGACGCCUCCCAGCACCGCCAAGUCCAUCUCCAUUCCGGGCCGAGAGCACGCCCUGCAGCUGGACUGCAAAGGGGAGGGGACAGCUGAGCCCGGUCCGGCCGGAGGGGUCUCUGUGGGCCGCAGUGCCAAACCUCGGCCCUCUAUCAUCAGCUCAGGACUCCUGGAGGAACCAGAUCAGAACCAGCCCACUGGAGAAAUCUUCCAGUCUGGUCACUCGAGGAACUCCAGCUACGCCAGCCAGCACAGCAAGAUCUCAGGUUACAGCACCGAGCACUCCUGCUCCUCUAGUCUGUCGGACCUCACUCACCGCAGGAACACUUCCACGAGCAGCAGCGCCUCUGGAGGCCUGGGCUUCACCGUGGACUCUCCUCAUGAAGGGGACAGGGACGCUGGACGUCCCGAGAGACCACCACGACCCCCCCGACCCGUGCUCCCUGCCAACAGGCCCACCAGGAGGAAGCAGGACUCUGUGGAGAGCCAGCCAUCGUGGGUGGACGACACUCGCAUGGACGCCGACGACAUCGUAGAGAAGAUCGUCCAGAGUCAGAACUUCGCUGACGUCAACAACACUGAAGACAGCAACCUGAGACUCUUUGUCAACAAGGACGGAACCACGGCGCUCAGCAGUAUCGGGCUCAGCAACCGAGUGUCGGCCGGCGGCUACGAGCCCGUGGUGAUCGAGAGUCACUGAAGCCGCUGCGCCUCCUCCCGGAGCUUCAGCUGGUCCUGACGCCAUGACGGGAAGAGUUUGCACUUUAUGUGUCGCACGUCUGCUCCUCUGUCGUGUGUGUGAGAGUGCGUGUUGACCUGCUGCUGAAUGAACCAGACUCCAGAACUGUUCCGUGUCCGAGAACGUCGUGUUUCGACACUCAUCAUGUGUGACGUGAAUUUGGAAACGACCCGUUUUCACUUGAACCGACUCUGAUGUCAACACAGUCCCAACCAAGAUCUGUGUUUUGACCUUGAAUGGUAGAACCAUGUACUUGAAUUUAAAGACCAACACAGAAGUUGUUAAAGCCACUUCAUUUUGAAAGCUCAAAACCACAAAUAAAAUGAUUGUCAGGUUUUUCAAAAUGGAUCCCAAUUUUCAUGCAGAUGAUUUUGCGCAGAAAACCUGAAAGAGAGCCAACGUGUUGCAGUGCGGCGAGGUUAAAGUCAAAUUCCUGUGUUCAUAGAAGUUCACUUAAACUAUAUGAACUGAAAUGAGAUGACCAUGCGGAGCAGUGCCAGGUGCUUCUGGUAGCGUGAGUCUCUGGAAUAACUUAAGAUGGAGUCUUCCUUUGUUAGCUGGUGUUCUGUGUUAAAUCAACUGCAUGAAUAAAAAUCUUUUAAUGGAAUCAAUUUUGCUAAAAAACAUUCUCUUCUUUUGUUAAUUUCAAAACAAACAUCCAGUGAAGAAUGAAUACCGGCACUGUUUCCCCCAAAAAUAUGGUGUAUUUUUUUUUAUUACUAAUCAGUCUGUCAUCAUUAAUAUAGGAAAAUCAACAUAAACCAACACAAUAUUUUCCAUUCCACACACAUGCAGGGACAUUGACACAAAAACAGAAUACUUUCCAUGAUGAUUCUGAAAAAGAACAUUUUUUCUUUGAAAAAAUAUAUUUUUUCUGGGGUAAGGAAUUUAAAAAUUAUAAGGAGGUGUGUCUUUUAAUGAUCAAAACUAACUCCAAACCAACUAGUUUUCCAUCUCAACAAUCGAGUGUGACGCAGUUCUGAAGUGACGCUCUGGAGUCACCCGGCUGGCUGUUGUCAGAGGCUGACAGCCUGUUGCCGUCUUCUCACGGUGUUCGGGUCAGAUCUCUGGUUCUCUUCUCCAGUGGAAAACCCCGACCGUAAUGUAGAUCAGCAACAAAAUUCUUCAUUUUCCCAAAACACAAAUUCCUUUUCUAAAAAAAAAAAAGUGAAAAACAGAACUUGUGUUUCCUGUGGACCGGGGAUCCAAAACCUAGAAGUUUCUCAUGAAGGACUGUUUUAAAACGCCACGUUGUUUUUAUUGCUCAUGUUUCAUCCCACAAUCUGUGGAAAGCAAGAAAGAUUGGUUUCUCGUUAUUUGUUAACUGAAACCACGGACUUGAACUGAACAAAAAUGGUUGUCCACGAGUUUUACCGUCGCUAGUCCAUGAAUGCAGCCCUCUCACCAGCGAUUUCCACUUGUGUGAGUACACGCCGCCCCCUGGUGGGGCGGAGGGCGCACUGAAGCCAGCUGGCUGGUUUUCUUUUUGACUGACAAGUCCGCUUUCCGAAUGCUUGACUUGCGAGUAUUCUCCUCGUGUCGUCGUGUUGCCGGCUCCCUGCGUGUGAAUGUUAGGGCCACUCCGGAGUGUCACCCACGUGUGAGUGGAUGAAGAAGAAUAUGAAGGUGUCGCUUGUGUUUCCAGGUCACGCGUUUUGUGGGGUGACGUUUUGGUGGUUCUCUCUCUCUCUCUCCUCACUAGUUACUUACCCACUUUUAGGGAUCGACCACUUUCUCUUGUUUUUAGAGGGACACCAAGCUUUUUUUUAAUUUAUACCUUGUUUUCUCCUUUGGAGGUUUGUCAUAAGCUACGCACACUCGCCUUCACCUCCUGAGCUUCUCCUUACAUUAACACCUGAACCUGUAGUCACAUGAUAUGUAGUCUGAAUAACUUGCAGAAAUGACGAAUAAACCACUUUUAAAACCAA